GGGCGAAUUCUUGGCUGUCCGGCAAGGCUGCUCCUCGGCCCCGCUCCGGGCAGGUGCCACCAGGAAAACCUUUGGACAAAGUUCUGCUUGCAGAAUCCAGUCUGGGUCAGUCACCAGGACCAGAGGUUUUGUCUUCUGAGUUUUGGGCUCGUGCUGGAGCCCAUCCUCCUGCCCAUCUUCCAACCUUUUGGCCAAAGGUCAGCUUGUUAGAGUUUCCUUGGAUGGAAAGCCCUGGAAGUGAGCAGCCCCUGGAGACUAUGAAGAGGGGGGAACACUUUGGCCAAAGGUCCCCUCAGAGGAAUCAGGGGAAACUCUCCAAAUGCUCCAAGUGUGGGAAAUCCUUUGGUCACCGGUCCCUCCUUUUGAUCCACCAGAAGCUGCACAUGGGGAAUGGAUCCCACCUGUGUUUUCUAUGUGGAAACUCCUUUCCUGGAAUGUGGAGCUUUGCCAAACAUCUCCGGAGCCACCCUGGACUGAAGCCUUACAAAUGCGGAGAGUGCGGGGAGCGUUUUGCUAAAGGCUCGGAUCUUGGAGCCCAUCAGCGAAUCCACCAGAAAAAGAGAUCUCAGGAAUCCUGGAAGCGCUGGGGAAGAUUUCCUGAGAGACGGCGCCUUUCUAGGCCUCAGAAUAGCCUGACUGAAGAGAAGCCCUGCAAGUGUGAGCAAUGUAGGCUGUGCUUUUCUCAAAACUCAGAGCUGCUUAAACAUCAGCAAAUCCACACCAGAGGGAAACCUUAUCAAUGUCUGGAGUGUGGGAAAUCUUUCAGUUAUAAACAAUUGUUUAGAAAACAUGAGAAAAUUCACACUGGGCAGAGUCCUUAUAAAUGCCACGUGUGUGGAAAGUGUUUCACUCGGAGCUCAUCUCUUUGCCAACAUAGUAAAACACACACAAAGGAGGAAAGCAAAACGUGCCCAGAAUGUGGAAAAUCCUUUUCCAGCAAAUCAGACCUGCUGAAACAUCAGAGAAUUCACACUGGGGAAAGACCCCAUGAGUGCCCGGAAUGUGGGAGAUGUUUUGGCUACAAGUCAUGUCUAAUUCGACAUCAAAGACUUCACACCGGAGAAAGACCCUUUCAGUGCUCAAAAUGUGGAAAACAUUUUUCCCAAAGGACACACCAAAUUCGACAUAUGAAAGUUCACACUGCAGAAAGACCCUAUGAGUGCCCAGAAUGUGGAAGAUGUUUUGGUAAAAAGUCAAAGCUAAUUCAACAUCAAAGAAUUCAUACUGGGGAGAGACCCUAUAAAUGCCCAGAAUGUGAGAAAACAUUUGUUUAUUCUUCUAAACUUCGGAGCCACCAAAGGACGCAUACGGGAGAAAAACUAUAUAAAUGUAAGGAUUGUGAUAAAUGUUUUUCUUUUAAGGAAGGUCUUUUUCGACAUCAGAGUAUCCAUACAGGGGUGAAGCCCUAUAUGUGCAUCGAGUGUGGAACAUUUUUCCGUACAAAAGAAAGCCUCAGAAAUCAUGAGAAUGUUCACAGAGGGGAAAAAAAGUUCAAAUGUUUAGAAUGUGGGAAAGCAUUUACUCAUUCAUCAUCCCUUAGAAUGCACUGGCAAACUCAUACGGGUGAGAAACUCCACAAAUGCUCAGUGUGUGAGAAAUCUUUCUCCCGGAAAUGUACACUUGUGAUUCAUCAGGGAAUCCACUUAGAGAAGAAAUAUAAAUGUCCGGAGUGUGAGAAAUCUUUUCAUUGCAAAUAUUAUCUUAGAAAACAUGAGAGGAUUCACAAAGGAGAGAAGCCUUUCUCGCGUGCGCAUGUGCAGAAAAGUGAAAAGUGCCCAGAAUGUGGGAGAUGUUUUGGCAGAAAGGCACACCUAAUUCAACAUCAGAGUCUUCACACCGGAGAAAGUCCCUAUCAGUGCCCAGAAUGUGGGAGAUGUUUUGGCUAUAAGCAACACCUAAUUCGACAUCAGAAACUUCACACUGGAGAAAGACCCUAUCAGUGCCCAGAAUGUGAGAAAACAUUUGUGGAGUCUGCUGAACUUCGGAGACAUCAGAAGGGGCACACAGGAGAGAGGCCCUAUAAAUGUGGGGAAUGUGGGAAAAGUUUUGUCACAGAAACACGACUACGGGCUCAUCAGAGAAUCCACACAGGGGAGAAGCCAUACCUAUGUGGGGAGUGUGGGAAAGGUUUUUCCCGAAAACAACACCUUGGAAGGCAUGAAAAGGUCCAUACGCGAGUGAAGCCAUAGAGAUGCAUAGAGUGUGGUAAUGUUUUGUUCAAAAGCAAGACAUCAGAAAAAUCACAUGGGGAAAGCUCUGAUAGGCCCUGAUGGGAGAACAGUUUUUCAUAGUUGUUCAACUCUUAGAAGUCAUAUAAGGGUUGAUAAAAGGGGGGAGGGGGGAUUAGAAACACUCAGAUCGUGUGAGAGGAUUUUCUUAGCAAUCGUCCAUUAAAAAAUCACACUCUAAUCCAUAUAGGAAAGAUGCAGUUUAAAUCUUUGAAGUGUGAUGUAUGGGUUGCCUGGAAAAAUACUCUUUCAGCAUCAAUGAAUUCUUACUGGAGAGAAACUUUUAUUGGGGCUUAGAAUGUGGCAAAGAUUUUUAUCUGAUCAUCAGAUCUUCAGAUGUACAUGAAAAAUCCACACAGGAGGAAAACCUUACAGGUGUAUAACAGAAUACUUUUCUUUGCCAAUUGGAACGUCUUGCCUUCUGGAGUUUGUCCAUUAAAUUUGCCUCCUUGGAAAUUUUCUUGCCAAAUUAAUCUUUUUUAUAAUUUUUAAAUUAUAUGAAUAUGAAAAGCUGAUAUGUGUGUGUGAAAAACUAAUACCUAAUGUAAAAUUGUCUGGAACCGUAUAAGGACUCCUGCCUUGAGCAGGGAAGGUAGGACUAAAAGAAUACAGCUCUGUUAUUCUGUGGUAGCUCCCUUCCAGCCCUAUGAUUCUAAGAAUUUAAAAAGAAAAAGGGAAAUGGAUGAAAAGCAGAAGGAAGAAGUGCUGACAAAAUAGGGGGGGAAGCUAAGGUUUCUGCUAAAACCUUGCAAGCCACCAAAAGUGUCUCUAUUUGGGCAGGAUUAACAAAUCCAGGAAAUAAAUAGAAUCAGAGAAUGUGUAUCCUAGAGCACAACCGACAGAAUAUGUGAGGUAAGAAGAACUUUACUGAUGGUUUUCUGGUAAUUUUAAAAGCCCUUUGGAAGAAAUCAAAAUAUUAAUGGAAACAUAUUAACAGAUUUUGAUGUAACCAUGUACAAUGCUGUUACGACUCUGGGGCUGGAGCAGUUGGUAAUGGACAACACUAGGCUCAACAAUUGCUUAGAUCUCAUCUUCUGUAAUACCUAAAUUCGAUUUAUGGCUUACAAGUUAAAGAACCAUUUUCCAACAUCGAUCACAGCUUGAUAGAUUUUUUUUUAAAUAAUUUUUAUUAAUAUAUUCUAUACACCAACACACAAAUAAAAUAUACAAUCCUGCCACCAUGGUAUAAUGUGAUUACAUUGUCCAUAAAUAUAAAGUCAUUCCUUUAUACAUACAUAUUUGCCAUCAUAUAUAUACAUCAUCAUAUAUCUAUUCUAUCCCACCUUUUCUGGACCCAAUCGUACCAUAAUUUCCAACUGUUAUAAAAUUCUGAAUCUUUUUUACCAUUGAUCAAUCUAGUUAAUCUAUCUGAUUCCGCACACUCAUUAAUUUUAUAUAUUAUUUUCAAAUCUAUCGGUAAGUAUUGAUUUUUCCACUCCUGCGCAUACGCUAAUCUUGCUGCAGUAAUAAUGUGAAUCAACAAGAACCAUAUAUCUGAUUUAACAUUCAAAGGUUUUGCCCCCAAUAGGAAAAUCUCGGGCCUUAAUUCCAAAUUAAUCUCUGUAAUUUCCAAAAUCCAUUGCCGUAUUUUUUUCCAAUAUUUAACCGCCUGCGGGCAGGUCCACCAUUGAUGAAAGUAAGUUCCAUUACUGUAACCGCACUUCCAACAGCAGGCAGAUGUCCCGGGAAACAUUUUAGCUAAUCUCGCUGGGGGGAGAUCCACUGGUAGACCAUUUUAUAUAUGUUUUCUUUGUAUGAAGAAGCCAUAGUUAAUUUCAUAUUUUUCAACCAAAUCUGUUCCCAUUGCUGGAAGUCAAGGGGAUAUCCAAAAUUUCACCCCCAUGCUAUCAUACAAUCCUUCACUACAUCCUGUCCUAUCUGCAGAGACAAUAAAUAUGCAUAACAUUUAGAUAGUAUCCCUUUCCCUCCUUCUAAUAAGAUCUUAUCCAAUUCUUGUGUUUUACGGUAGAUUCCUUCACUAUAUAAAUCUUUUUUAUACCUGGAGUGCACUUGAGAAUAAGACCACUGGUCUAUCUUAUAUCCUUGAAGAGUUAAUAAUUCUCGUGACUUCGGAUUACCCUGAACAUCCAAAAAAACUUAAUACGUCAAGGUUUUUUCCUCUUUAUACAAUGUCGGGUAAAUCUGAGCUUCCUGCGCCGAAAUCCAACAUGGAACUUUUGAAUAUACUCUUCCUCUAACCUUUUCCCAAGUGUACCCAAGCGUCCUACGUAAAUAAUGAUGAUCAAAGUGUCGAUGCUCCCGGCCAUAGAAAAUAGUGCCAGCCAUGUUGAAGACCGGCUCCCUCAAAUGUCAAAAGUUGUCUCUUUUGUAGGACCAUCCAUUCUUUCACCCAAAUCAAGUUCACUGCUUGGUGAUAGAGCUCCCAAUUUGGGAGUCCAAAUCCUCCUCUAUUUUUGGGUUCUUGUAACAUUUUAAGUCUAAUCCGCAGCCUCUUUCCCUGCCAGAUAAAUUUAGAUAUACUCCUAUCCAAAUUUGUAAAAAACUCUUUAUUCAACCUUACCAGGGCUGUUUGGAAUAGAAAUACCCAUUUGGGUAACAUGCACAUCUUAAUGGUUGCCACCCUUCCCAAAAUUGAUAGCUGGAGAUUUUUCCAUUUUUCUAGGUCUCUGAGCAUCUGGCUAUAAAGAGGAAGAUAGUUAUCCUCCUUUAUGGAGGAGCAUCUGGCAGUCAACCAUAUACCUAGAUACUUAAUUUUGUUAUUCUUAAACCCAUUAACUGCUCCAGCUGUUGCCUUUGCAUCUGAGUCAUAUUUUUCGCUAGGAUUUUAGUUUUUUCUUCAUUCAUCAGUAAUCCCGCUACCUUCCCAUACACUCUAAUCAUGCAUAAUAAUUUCAGGCCCGAAAAUUUCAGCUUGAUAGAUUUUUGUCUCAAUUUGUGUCCUUGCAAACAGGGACAUAAUGACGGUACUUCAAAUUAUAACUUUAAAAAAGCCAACUAUAAUCUCAUAGCUGCCGACCUCACAUCCCUUGACUGGCACCUUCUGUUCAGAGGUUGUAAAACUGCAGAUGACUAUUAUAACACUUUUUUACUCUAAAUCCAUAGAGUCAUUAAUCUAUACAUACCAAAAGUGACCUCUAAAGCUAAAAAGAACAAAUUAAGUUGCAAUCCAAGAAAAAAUCUCUUUGGCGAGAAAACAAAACUGGCUACGUAGCUAACUUUAAAGGCCGUUACAAAGCCUUAUGACGCCAGAUAAAGGGCAAAUGUACCAACCACUAUUGCAAACAGGAGGAAGCGCUGUUAAACUCGAAGUCUACCCGAGCGUUCUAUAAUUUUGUUAAUGCAAAAUUUAAAGAGUCGAAAACGAUCCCACCCUUAAGGGAAGACUGUAACAAUGAUACUGUUAAGGCCAAAUUUUCAAUAUGUUCUUCAGUUCAGUCUUCGUUGACCGCAAUGGCCACUGUCCCUCACUUCCUAGUUGCACCAGGGUUGGGUUUCACUUACCUUUGCUACCAGUUCACUUGCACGCGCCCUGUCUACACAUGAGCAGAAGCUUCUGCGCAGGCGCAGAUCGUAUUUGACGACAUCCAGGCAAAGCUUUCUGCCACUGCUGCUACUGGUUUGCCCGACAAUGCUGUCAUACUGCAAAGCGAUCUGGACUAUGUGUCUGAAUGGUCGCAUAAUUGGCAACUCCAAAUCUCGAUUAAUAAAUGUUCUGUCCUACGCAUUGGCAAAAAUAUUCAGAACACCAAAUACAGGUUAGGCGGUACUGAUCUCGCAGACGACCCUCACGUUGCCAAGGACCUAGGACUACUCAUCUCUAAUGAUCUCAGACCCAGAGCUCACUGUAACAGCAUUGCCAAAAAAACAUUAAGAGUUGUUAACUUAAUUUUGCGAAGCUUCUCUUCUGGUAACAUUGUAUUGUUAACUAGAGCGUAUAAAACCUUUGCCAGACCAAUUAUUGAAUACUAUUCACCUGCUUGGAAUCCCUAUUGUAUAUUGGACAUUAACACGAUCGAGUGGGUCCAGAAGUAUUUCACGAGAAGAGUACUGUGCUUGUUUGCUCACGAUAAAAUCCCCUACGCCACCAGACUAGAAAUCCUGGACCCGGACAAUCUGGAACUGCGACAACUGUGGUCUGAUCUAUGCAUUGUACGUAAAAUUGUCUGCUACAAUGUCUUACCUGUCAACAACUACUUCAGCUUCAAUCACAAUAAUACACAGUCAAAUAAUUGUUACAAACUCAAGGUAAACCGCUUCCAACUUGACUGCAGAAAAUAUGAUUCCAGCAACAGAGUGGUCAAUGUCUGGAAUGCUCUACCUGACUCUGUUGUUACAGCCUCCAACCCUCACAGCUUCAGCCACAAACUGUCUACUGUGGACCUCACCCCAUUCCUAAGAGGUCCGUAAAAGGAGUGUGCAUAAGUACACCUGCGUGCCUACCAUCCCUGUCUUGCUGUUUCCAUUAUACCUGUAUUUGCUUCCAUUGUUCAUGUUCAUGUUUAUACUUGUACUUGCUUCCUUGUUCAUAUUUUACAAACAGAUUGAAUAAAUAAACAAACAUAAAUAAAUACAAGGUGAAGUCAAAAG